CACUCGUCAGACAUUAUUUGUGACGUGAAACGUCAAAAAAUUGGGUGAGAAAUUUUGUCGGCGUACGAUUUAGAAAAUAAAAUGAAGAUUCCAAUAAUUUUAGGCAUUUUAGUAUGCUUUUCAAUUGCACAUGCCGAAAAAGAAACGCUAGUGCUAGUUGAUAAUUUAAAUAUAAGGGAAACCCAUUCUCAAUUCUUCAAGUCUUUGCAAGAGCGUGGCUACAGUUUAACGUUUAAGUUAGCGGACGACGCUAAUCUGGUCUUGUCAAAGUAUGGAGAAUACUUGUUUAAAAAUUUGAUAGUCUUUUCGCCGUCCAUCGUCGAGUUCGGCGGACAGUUAGACACUGAAGCCAUUACCAAGUUCAUUGAUGAUGGAGGCAAUGUUUUAAUGGCUGGGAACUCGGCUGCUGGAGAUGUGUAUAGAGAGAUAGCUUCAGAAUGUGGCUUUGAGAUGGAUGAAGAGUCUGCGGCUGUGAUAGACCAUUUUAACUAUGAUUCACUAGAUGAUGGAGAUCACACAAGAAUUGUAGUGUCACCCAAGAACCUCAUCAAUGCUCCAACCAUUGUCGGAACACAAAACACGCAGCCAUUGCUAUUUGAAGGCACUGGACUCAUUCUUGACAAGGAUAACAGCUUGGUUCUGCCAAUAUUGACAGCUGAUAGCACUGCUUACAGCUAUAAUCCUAAGAGUCAGGUUAAGGAAUACCCCCAUGCUGUGGGUCGCAAAACUGUCUUGAUUGCUGCACUACAAGCUAGAAACAAUGCCCGCAUCAUCUUCAGUGGAUCUCUAUUCUUCUUCUCUGAUGAAGCUUUCAGUUCUCCUGUUGCUAAAGUCCAUGGUGACAAAGUGAAGGCGGCAGUGUCAGGUAACAAGGCCCUCGCAGUGGACCUCAGCGAGUGGGCGUUCGGCGAGCGCGGGCAGCUGCGCGUGCGCCACGUGUCGCACCACAGGGAGGGGGAUAAGCUCACCACCAACACUUACACCAUCACUGACUCAGUUGUUUACAGAAUUGAGAUUGAAGAAUUAAAGAAUGGCAAGUGGCAGCCAUUUGAAGCUAAUGAUGUGCAACUAGAGUUUGUGCGCAUAGAUCCAUUCAUCAGAACAACACUGAAGCGUAAACCCAACGGUGUGUACGAAGCAGUGUUCAAGGUGCCAGACGUAUGGGGAGUGUACCAGUUCAAGGUGGACUACGACAGGAUUGGAUACACAAGAUUGUAUCAUUCUACACAGGUGUCUGUGCGUCCUCUACAACACACACAGUAUGAGAGAUUCAUUCCAAGCGCCUACCCGUACUAUGUGAGCGCUUUCUCCAUGAUGAUUGGAGUGUUCCUUUUCUCUUUCGUCUUCUUAUACUACAAGGAGGAAACACCCAAAACCAAGAGUGAAUAGAUGAAGUGCAUUUGUUGUUUUUUGUAGUUUAAAAUUUGUAAUAUGUGAAUGAUUGUGAACAAUAUUAAAAUGUGUUUUAUGAUGAAUAAAUGUAAUAUAAUUUACUA